GGAAACUCCAUUAUUUUUUUGGCACGGAAUCCUAAGGAAAAAUAGGAACUUGGAAACAAGGAUAACGCUAAAGGUACACCAUUGUGUCCAUAUCUUAUCGGGAUAUAUGGUUGCACGCCCAAAUGAAGUUUGAAUCGAUGUUUUGGGUUUGAAUGGAACGAUCGGAGCCACUGCGGCCGACAAGGAUCAUCUUGAAAUUAAAGUCAUUUGCGACAAUGCAACGGGCGCAAUAAAACCCAUCGCUAUUGCUCUUUGUUUUAAAACAGGACGGGACGAUGGUGCACGCAUAAGAGAGGAACAAAUUAACAAAAGAUUAUGGUCGUGGCAUAUAACAGCGAUUAUUACAACAGCCAUUGCAACUAAACUCUGUCAACUAGCUAGCUAACUAGCUAGCUAUUGCUAUUUAGCUUCUGCACUGCAGCGCGGCGGACGAACAGGAAACUUCGUAAACAGAGGGAAAUUCCCGGUCCUCAGCAGAGCGCAAGAGAACAGAGUGGGGUGGAACAGCGGAGAGGGUGUGAGCGAUUACAGUGAGGCAGCCUUCUGGAUCUUGCAUCCCAGUGUCUACAGCUCUGCUCUCUUGAAUAUGAACUCGAAGAGCUGGAUUCCUUGGACGCUACUGACCAGGGCUAUAUGAAGAUGAAAAGGUGCUGGAAGCCUGCGAGCAGAAAAUGACGGGAGGUAGUGAGAGUGCUGCUGGAGACAAAGAUGUCCCCGGACGGGCAGCACAGGUGCCCGUUGGCUGGCAGAGGAGAGUGGAGGAUGGGGCGGUCGCCUACAUCAGCCCAAGUGGCACCAUCUUGUCCUCGGUGGAGGAGGUCAGGGCGUACCUGCUGACGGACAGCACCUGUAAGUGUGGCCUGGAGUGCCCACUGGUCGUCCACAAGGUCUUCAACUUUGACCCGGUGGCGGCGGUGCGAGCGCAGAGCCAGCAGCCCGGCAAGGCGGAGGAGGACAUGACCAAGCUGUGCAACCACCGCAGGAAAGUGGUGGCCAUGGCGGCGCUGUGCCGCAGCAUGCAGGCCUCUCAGCUCCCCCUGCACGCCUCCUCUGGGAGCUCCUUCUGUUCCAUGGAGGGCAGGGACCAAAAAGGCGGCCCUCUGGGUGUCCACGUGGACGAGGGCGGCCACUGCACUUACUCUGCCCAGCCUCGCCUCUCCGCUAAGUCCAACAGCAGCACCAACAACAACAACAGCAACAGCAGCCACGCUGCUCCGCGAGGCGGCGGACUCCACAGCGGCUUCCCCCCGCUCUCCCCCUCCUCCUCCUCCUCCUCCGCCACACUCCUCCACAACGGCUCCUUGCAACACUCCAACUCCGAGGUGGGUGGUGGCGGCGGCGGCGGCGGCAUCUCCAAGAGACCGUCGUCCGCCUCCCCCGGUUGCAACUCGGGCGGGUACGGGAUGCCACCCUGGUACCCUCGCCCGUCCACCCCCCAGUCCAUCAUCCAAAGGCUUCCCCCCGCCACCACUUCUGGCUCUCCAGGCGGGGGGUCCUCCAAACCAGGCACCUACUCCCACCACCACCACCACCACCACCACCCCGGUGUCUUAGCGCUGGACGUCUCCCUCUCCGGCUCUCCCCAGUCGGUCCCACUCUCCCUCAGUACGGGGGGCAGGGCUGGGCAGAACCAUCAUCAUCAUCAUCCGCAGGGAAGCGGCGUCAAGUCCCCUUCGCCCAUCUCGCUGUGCAUGUCCCCCUCCAGGACCCUGCAGGACGCUACCUCUCCCCACCAGCGCUCGCGCUCGCGACACUCCUCCACCUCCUCCACGCUCUCGGAGCACGGUGGCGGUGGUGGUGGUGGUGGUGGAGGGGGUGCCAAGCCGGCACGCUCCCCACUGCCCCCUGGCGCCGCACCCUGCCUUUCGCCCAAAGUCCCCCACCACCACCACCUCCUCCACCACCCGCCCAGCCCCCGGGGUCGCCUGGAGGGCAUCUUGCAGCACUACAAGGACUGCAGUACCGGUGGCGCUGGCGGCGGUAUCGGCGGCGGUGGCAGCAGCCCCGGCCUCAACACUGCUCCGCACCCCCAGAGCAACCAAAGCAACUUUCAGGUACCCCAAAAUCUGCCCCCGUUUGUGGCCGGCGACAGGAAGAACGGGCCGGUUGGCGGGUCGUCGGCCGGUGGCGGCGGCGGUGGAAGUUUCCUUUGCCUGCCGCUCGGCCAGCUUCUGGGCCAGACCAAGACCCCGCAGCAUGUCUCGUCCUCCUCCUUCCCCGCCAGCAGCCUGCUCUCGGCGGCUGCCAAGGCCCAGAUGGCUAGCCAGAAGAGCCAGGGCCUGGGUGUCGGCGCUAGUGGCGCCGGCGCCUCUGUGGACGGCGUCGGAGGCGGAGGCGGCGGCGCGCCCUUGGCAGCCGGCCCCGAGAAGGACCCCCAGCAAUCCAAGGUAUUGAUAAGCACUUUAAACAGCAGCCUCCCUCCUCCUCCCUCCAACAGCGCUAGGCCCUCCCCGCUCCCCAUGACCGCCUUCCUGCUCCCCCACGCUCCCUCGCACCCCUCCUCCUCCGCUGCCCUCGGCCCGCUGCAAGCGGCGCUGGCGGCAGGCGCGGCCGCAGCAGCGGCCACUUCCACGGGCGGCGGCGGCAUCGUCGUCGAGAAAGUCUCGCGCCGCAAGCGCCAGCGCCGCUCUCCCACGGUGCUCAGCAUGCUGAAGGAGUCCCAGCUGAGCAGCCUGCGGGGCGCCGGCGUCGGAGACCUGGCAGCCCUCGCCGCGCUCUCGCCCCUGCCUCUCCCUCUUUCUCUCCCUCCCCUCCCCCCGCUGCCCAACGCCAUGCCGUCCCCUUCCUCCUCUCCCUCCCCUUCCUCCUCUCCCCUGCUUCCUCCUCACCCUUCGCCCUCGGAGCAUAGUCUCCACGCGCAGCUUCAGCAUCAGCAGCAGCAGCAGCAGCAGCAUCGGUCGUCCGUGAUGGGGCCGAGCGCCGGCUCUCUCCUGGCGGGGCUGCCCAAGCAGGCCGACCUGGAGGAGCUGCGGAGGCUGGGCCUGGGUCUGGGUCUGGGCCAACCCCUGGUGACGCCCUCGCCCUCCCAGCCGCUCUCCGCUCUCCUGCAGCUGCUCAGCAUGCAGAACGCCCAGGCGGCGGCAGCGGCGGCCGGGGCAGCAGCAGCAUCAGCAGCCAACACCAACGCCACGCAACCCUCCUCCUCCCCCUCCUCCUCUUCCUCCUCGUCCUCCCCCAGCCCCAUCCCGCUCCUGACCUCCACCAACGCCCGACUGGCGCAGCACACGCAGGCGCUGGCUGCCAGCCUCGCCAUGGCCCAGGCCUCCGCCGACAACUCCACCGCCUCACAGUCCCACUUCCCUCUGAUGGGGGUGGCGGAAGACCUGGAUGGUGGCAGUAGUAAUACUCACGGCAACACGACGACUAACACACACACCACCACCAUCACCACUGCCACAGUCUUGAAGCCCAACCCCAACCCCAGCUCGGUCCUCAAUCUCAGUCAGCCCCACCUCUCCGCUUCAUCCACCCCCGCGUCCCAAACAGCAUCAGCAUCACCAUCGUCAUCUUCACUAUCAUCAUCAGUAGCAGCGAUAGCACCAGGCUCGUCACAGGACAGCAGCGGCAGCGGUAGCCAGGUCCUGAGUAUGCUGGGUCAGCUGUCUGCUGCUGGUGGCUCCCCCUGCCUGCCUCCUGCUCCUUCUCCGGCCCCCCUGGCCGACAAGAGCUGCGGGGCGGGGAAGGUCAACGUCACCGACCCACACCACCAUGAAGUCACCUUCGCCUCCAGCCACGGCCACCCCAUGGACGCAGAAGGUGCUCUGGUGGCCGUGGACGGCCAGGACCCCUCGGAGGCUCGUCUCCUGGGCCCCGAGGCCGCCGUUGCCGGACUGUCCCUGCCCAGCGCCUCGGACCCCUCGGGCGCCCUGCAGCUGGCCGAGUCCUUCCCCUUCAUGAACCAGGAGCAGCUCCUGCAGCUGCUGUCGGCCAACUCGGGCCUGCCCUCCCUGCUGCCCCCCUUCCUGGGCUCGCUGGGCGCGCUCGGCUCGCUCGGCUCGCUGCCCCUCUGGACCACGGCCGGGCUCCAGCAGAUGGCCCAAGCCUCCCCCAUCACCACCACACCCACCACCACACAACAACAACAACAACAACAACAACAGACACAGUCACAACAACAACAGCAGCAGCAGCUUCAGCAGCACGCAGGACUACUCGGCCAGGCCUCGCCGCUAAACAUCUUACCGUCUAUAUCAGGAGCUCAGGGAGACUUUCCAGUCAAUCUCAUUAGUCUGCUAAACCCCCCUCCUCCUCCUCCGCCACCGCCUCCCUCCGCGGCUGCCACUGCUGCCGGCCUCCCGGUGACCGGCCAGGGCCCGGCGGGGUGUGACGCGGGCGACAAGCCCAGCCUGCAGGCGCUCCUCAUGGCCUCCCUGCUGCUCAGCCAGCAGCAGGCGGCCGCCGCGGCCAUGCUCCAGCCCAUCCCCGGCCUGGGCCAACUCAACCUGGACCUCCCUCCUCCUCCCCACCACCUCCAGCAGUCGGCACAGCAACAUGGGCACUCGCACUCCUUCCCCACGCUGCCGGACGGCUUGUCCCUGGAUAAGAGCUCUGGUGGUGGCGGUGCGGGUGGGCUGGUGGAUUCGGUGCUGCCCACUCCCAGCCUGCUGGAGGCGCUGCAGGGCCUGAUGGCGGCGGGCGACGUGGGCGGUUCGAUGUCGGCUGCCGCCGCCGCCGCCGCUGCUGCCACGGCCGCCGCCCUCUCGGCCGGCAUGGGGCCGCAGUCGCUCCUGUUGCCCCCUCCUCAUCCGGCCUUCCUCCCCCUUAACCCCGCGCUGCUGGCCGCUGCCUUAGCCGCCGCUCCUCCUCCACAUCCACCUCCCACCGCUGACCCCCUCCCCAACACCCAGCAGCAAUCCCCAACGCAGGCUCACUCGCAGGGGGCUGUGUCCAGCCCGUCGUCAGGCUCUACCUCUGUGCCCUGUGGUCCUCUGCUGCCCAGCACUGUGCCUGAGGACAUCAGCUCCCUGGUGCCCCUGACCGAGCCGGACAAGACCAACGGCCAGACACCGUCACUCCUGCCCCAUCUACUGCCCCCGGGAAUCAUGGGUGACCUGACAGGCCUGGGUAACAUCGGUGGGCUCCACGGGUUGUUGGGGGCAGGGCCUCUGCUUCUGCCCCAGGUGCCUACAUCUGCCCUCGGGAUGCCUCUUCCACAAGGCCAGGGGGCCCUCAACCCUCUCGCAUGCCUCAUCAACAGCCUACAGCUCAACGUGGGUCCUCCGCUCGCAGUAGACAAAUCGCUGGGUCUGGCCGAGCCCCCCAACGCGCCCCCAGAGGAGGAACUCCCCGUCAGCCAGCUGCCCCAGGAGCCGGCGCCCAACCCAGGCCACUCGGUGCAUAGCGGAGGAGGUGGAGGGGCUGGUGGAGGUGGAGGUGGAGGUGCCACCACCCAGCCCCAGUCGAGGGAGAGUGCCAGCAGUGCCCUCUUCGACCCCUACGGAUCCUUCAUGGACACCAUCUACACCUCCUUCCUGCAGGUCAGCGGCAAGGACUCCGAGUCAGGAGGUGGUGGUGGUGGUGGGAGUAGUAGUAGUAGUAAUAGCAUCACCUCCUCCAACCCGCUGUCCUUCCCCACGCCGGACCUCCCCGCCCUGCUGGCCCAGGCUCAGGCCAGCGCGCCGCCCUCCCUCAGCCCGCGCCGCGCCUGCUCCGUGCACAACCCCGACCUGUCGCGCCUGGGCAUGGCCGACGCCGCGCAGUCCCCGGCACGCGGCACGCCCAAACUGAGCGAGGACGCCUCGCCCACGCCGCCCCCUAGUGGCGGGAAGCCCGGCGGCCUGGAGGGGCACCAUCACCACCAUCACCAUCACCACCACCAUCACCACGACGAGGCCCCACUGCCACCAGCCUUCCUAGAGGAGGCCAAGACGGACGGCUCGACCAACAACAACAACAACAACACGGUGUCCGCCGGUUCCACGCUGUGUGGGUACAGCAACGGGCUGGCGUCAGGGCCCGGCGCGCACCAGGCUGAGGAGCAAGAGGAGGAGGAGGAGGAGGAGGAGGCGUCAGGGAGGCCACAGCCACAGGGCGGCUAUCUCGGCCCCUCGCGCAGUGCGGAGCCACCGGAGGAUGGCAUGGCCUCCAACGAAACCAACACCAUCAAAGAACCCCCAGUGCGCACAGCAGGUCGGCGGGGUAGGAAAAGGAAACAAGUACUUGAGAGGGUGCCUGAUGGGCCUGGAGGUCUGGACAGCAUCAUAGAAGAGCCACCAGUUACAACAGCACUGCCCAAGCCUGUGAGGUCUACCAGGGGCAAGAGGAGAAGAGUGGUCAGAUAGCGAGCGGCUCUGCCCCCCCCCCCCAGCACCACCAUCACGUGACCCAUGGGCCACCCAUGGGCCAAACGCCUCUAGACCUCUAGUCUCAACCCCAUCAGCACCAGCACUGUCAACACCUGACCUGACAACACCCCAAAACGCCCCCCCACCCCGAAUUCUCCCAAACCUAUUGUGGCCGAGUCAUUGUGAAUCCCACUGCGCCUCACUGUGAAGAUCCAUCAUCCACACAGACACCCCAUUGUCACCCACCACCACCACCACUCUCACCCAUCACCUGCUCUCCCCACUCAGUGUGUUCAGAUUUGUGUGUGCAAGCGUGUGCGUGUGUGUCCAGUGUAGCCAGUGGUUGCUUGUGCUCCUGGGUGGGACCACUCUUUGUUUCCAUGCUAACCGCCACACUCCAGUGAUGUUAGCCCAUCACGUCGCAGGUGUGAUGCCGAUGCCGAUGCCAUGGCAGAGGAUUCUGAAUCAUAAAGGAAUAUCUGAAGACAUGAAUUUGAUAACAAAAUGUUAGCAAGUUGCAUACUGGCAAAUACAAAAAAAAGAAGUCACUUGUGAUCUCCCCCCCACUUUUGACAUUGGAUCAAAUCUAUACAUGGAUUUAUCGUUCAUUUGGAUUCUGUGUUGUGAGGGUGGUGUCUACAUCAAUAGGAAUUUAUGUAUAUGUCAAUGUGUGCGUAUGUGUUUGUAUGUGCGUGUUCCUACAUUGGCAACUGUAAAAUUGUUUUUUUUAUAAGUUGUGUAUGUUACAUCAGGGUCAUAGAAAACUUGAAUGAAGUAUGAGAGAAGCAGUAGGUCCGACAAGAUCAUAUUUUUGUUUUGUUUCGCAUGUUGCGCUAUGUAUUCAUCAUAUAUAUUAGGUGUGUGAUGAGUGCGUGCGUAUGUGUGUUUAUUAAUGUGUGUUCUGUAUGCUGCUGUUGCUAUGAACAGAGCGUGUGAUCCAGAAGUACCUCAACUCUGGCACAGCUUUCAAGCUGCAGUAGCACCAGUCCAGCCCGCCCGCACACACACACACACACACACACACACACACACACACACCGACCACAUUUCGCCCACCACACAGCGCUACAGUGCCCCGUGUGGCUCACACAGUGCCACUGCACGCCACGCCACACCACACUACACACCAACCACCAACAGCGCGCUCACUCAGUCACCACCAGGGCCACAAUCCCACUGCAGUGGGUGGCCUCCCUCCCUCUCUCCCUCGUCACCAGGGAUGCCCAUGGUGUGCCAGGGAUGGCCUCAGGCAUCUUUCUUGCUGUUUCUCUCUUUUUUUUGUUUUUUUUAUUUCUAUCUCUUUUCAUCCUACUCUGACAUUCUCAGCGGACUGCCAUCAUCAUCAUCAUCAUCAUCUCCCAAGCACGGCAACAACUGCCAAAUAGGAAAAAGGAAAACGAAAACCGUAUGAACAAAACAAGAAAAAUAAAUAAUGCUACUACCCAUUCAUUUCAUGGGGAUUUAAAAAAAAAAAGGGUUUACGUACUCUUCCCUGGUCCGUUGAGACAGUUUUUGUUUUUGUUUGUUUUUUUAGCUCUACCAUGUUGUCUGGGGGUUAUUUGGGAGAGUUGGGGUGGGGUGGGGUAGGGAUGAGGUGAGGAGAAAUGUUACCCACGGGCCAUGGGAUUUUUUUUUUUACUUUUGGGAAUCCCGUCUGUGAAAUCAGGUUCUCCGACGAUGUGUCCUCUUUUGUCAGUGUGCGCAUUGCAUCACAACAGCCUGGCAGAGUCUUACUCACAGGGAGGGCGGGAGAAAUGCCAAACCCCUGCCAUUCACUCUCAUGGGCCUUGGCCUGGCUGCCCAUUCUUCAUCAACAUAGGCACAAGUUACUGACUAUUUAAAAAAAAUAAUGAUUUAAAGUAAUAAUGAAGCAGAAUAUGCAAUUUUACUAUUGAAUUUUGUAUAUAUGUACAGUUUUAGUAUUUUAUUUUGUACACUUUUUUAGGAAAAAAAUGAUCAAUUUGUAAAGUAUUUCUUCUCCUCAAGACAGCGCCCUAUUGUCCCAACCCCCGCCUUUUUUCAUAUUUACGUUCGACUUGUAAAGAGAAUCCGUUUAAAAUUGUGAAUGGUAGCAUUUUGUUCUUCAAUGGAAGUUGAUUUGUGUUUUUUUUUUAAUUUAACAGAUUAAAACAUGUUUACC